CCAGGAGUGGAAGAGGUUAGGAGUCGAGCAGCUGCGGCUCAGCACAGUAGACAUGAUUGGGAUCCCCACCUUGUCCAAUCUCCAGAAAGGAGUCCAGUUUGCUCUCAAGUACCAGUCACUGGGCCAGUGCGUCUACGUGCAUUGUAAGGCCGGCCGUUCCAGGAGUGCCACUAUGGUGGCAGCGUAUCUGAUGCAGGUGCACAACUGGAAUCCAGAGGAGGCUGUAAGAGCCAUCACCAAGAUCCGAUCACACAUCCACAUCAGAACUGGCCAGCUGGAUGUUCUUAAAGAGUUCCAUAAGGAGAUUACUGCAGGGCAACAAGGAUGACACGCUAGAGACAUGAAGUAUGUGGAUUAAAAAGAAAGACAACCCUGCUGAUAGAGAAUAAAAAAAUUUAACAGAACCAAAGGGUCUUAAGCCCAGGCUUGACAUAAGCGAAAUAUGCUUAGUAAUAGAUAAUUUUGUUUCUUCUGUCUUGUUUCAUUUUCCUGAAAUAACACUGUUGUAUGGCCAGAGAGGGAAAGAUUUAGUGUGGCUUGUGUUCAUGGGAUACAGGAUAGGGGUGGAGGUAUCUUAUUUUCUUGAAUCGGGUCAAAUAAAUAUUAAUUUCAACAAAAACC